AUGAAGAGAGCGUCGUGUACUCUGUCCCUCUGGCUCUGGGUCGGAAUCGUAUCGGAGGCAGAUCUGGCGAGUGGCUAUUCUAUGACACCCCCUAUCCUCAGCAUUGCUGAGGAGGAGCACGUGAUUGACUCCAGGGAUACACUGACCAUCACCUGCAGGGGACAGCAUCCCCUCCAGUGGUCGUGGCCCGGGGGCCAGGAGGACCCAGCCUGGGGAGAGAAGGAGAGCCAGGCCAAGGCACCAGUGGAGGUCGGAGGCGAGCGGAUGGCGAGAGAGGAGGACUGCGAGGGCACGGACUCCCGGCCGUACUGCAAGACCCUCAUCCUGGCUGGGACCCAGGCCAAUGACACCGGCUCCUACAGCUGCUACUACAAAUACAUCAAAGCCAGGAUCGAAGGAACCACUGCCGCCAGCACCUACGUGUUUGUAAGAGAUUUUGAACAGCCCUUCAUCAACAGACCCGACACCCUGCUGAUUAACAAGAAGGCCAACACCUGGGUGCCCUGCUUGGUGUCCAUCCCAGACCUCAACAUCACUCUGCAUUCGCAAAGUUCAGACAUCUAUCCCGACGGGAGAAGUAUCCUGUGGGAUAACAAGAAGGGGAUGCUGGUACCCACAGCCCUCAUCCGAGAUGCCCUUUUCGUACAAUGCCAGACGUUCCUCCAGGGCAGUGUCUUCAAAUCCAACUUCUUCCUGGUUCACGUCACUGGCAAUGAGCUUUAUGACAUCCAGCUGUUUCCCAAGAAGGCCCUGGAGCUCCUGGUUGGGGAGAAGCUGGUCCUUAACUGUACUGUGUGGGCUGAGUUUAACUCCGGAGUCAACUUCCAGUGGGACUAUCCUGGGAAGCAGACGGAGCGGGCGGUGGCCGAGCUGCCGGAGCGGCGCUCUCAGCAGACCCACACCGAGCUGUCCAGCAUCCUGAUCAUCCAGAACGUGAGCCAGCAGGACCUGGGGCAGUACGUGUGCACGGCCAGCAACGGGGUUCAGCACUUCCAGGAGAGCACCGAGGUCAUCGUGCACGAGAAGCCCUUUAUCAAUGUGGAGUGGAGGAAAGGCCCCUUGAUCGAGGCCACUGCCGGAGACGAGGUGGUGAAGUUGCCGGUGAAAGUUGUGGCGUACCCUCCGCCAGAGUUUCAGUGGUUCAAGGAUGGAAAGCCGGUCACGAGCCGGCAGUCGCAGCACUCGAUGCAGAUCAAGGAUGUAUCAGAGCAGAGCGCGGGCAUCUACACCCUGCAGCUGUGGAACGAACAGGCCGGCCUGAGGCGGAACAUCAGCCUGGAGCUGGUAGUUAAUGUUCCCCCUCACAUCCAUGAGAAGGAGGCCUCCUCCCCGAGCAUCUACUCCCGUCACAGUCGCCAAGCCCUGACCUGCACCGUCUAUGGUGUGCCACCGCCCGAGAGCAUCCAGUGGCAGUGGAGGCCGUGGACGCCCUGCAAGAUGUUCUCCCGACGCAGUCUCAGCCGACGCCAGGCAGCGCGGCGAUUCCAGAGGGACCGGAUGCCCGAAUGCAUGGACUGGAAGGAUGUGUCCACCCAGGAUGCCGUGAACCCCAUCGAGAGCAUCGAAACCUGGACGGAAUCUGUGGAAGGAAGGAAUAAGACAGUCAGCAAGCUGGUCAUCCAGGAAGCCAAUAUCUCUGUCAUGUACAAGUGUGUCACCUUCAACAAGGUGGGGCGAGAUGAGCGGCUUAUCUACUUCUACGUGACCACCAUCCCCGAUGGCUUCAAAAUCGAGUCGCAGCCUUCGGAGGAGCCCAUCGAAGGCCAGGACCUCAGCCUGAGCUGCAAUGCGGUCAACUACACCUACGAAAACCUCCAGUGGUACCGACUCAACCUGUCCACGCUGCACGACGCCGAGGGCAACCCCCUGGUUCUGGACUGCAAGAACGUCCACCUGUAUGCCACCCGGCUUCAGGGGGAAUUGAGCUUCGAGCCUACCACCAACAAUGCCGCCCUCACCCUCUCCAUCCCCAACAUCUCCCUGGGGGAGGAGGGCGACUACGUUUGCGAGGUGCAAAACCGCAAGACCCGGGAGAAGCACUGCCACAAAAAAUACAUCUCUGUGCAGGCCCUGGAGGUUCCCCGACUGAAGCAGAACCUGACCGACAUCCUAGUGAACGUCAGCGACUCCAUAGAGAUGAGGUGUAAGGUGGACGGCGCCCACAUCCCUGACAUCAACUGGUACAAGGACGAGAAGCUGGUGGAAGAGGUUUCAGGAAUCGACUUCGCAGACUCAAACCAGAGAUUGAGCAUCCAGAGGGUAAGGGAAGAAGAUGCUGGGAGAUACUUAUGCAGCGUCUGUAACGUCAAGGGUUGCGUCAACUCCUCGGCUAGCGUGUCCGUGGAAGGGUCUGACGACAAGACCAACGUGGAGAUCGUCAUCCUCAUAGGAACCGGGGUCAUUGCCAUCUUCUUCUGGAUUCUCCUCAUCCUCAUCUUCUGUAACAUUAAGCGGCCUGCACAUGCCGACAUCAAGACCGGCUAUCUGUCGAUCAUCAUGGACCCCGGAGAGGUCCCCCUCGAGGACCAGUGUGAAUACCUGCCCUACGACUCCAGCAAGUGGGAGUUCCCCCGGGAGAGGCUCCGCCUAGGAAAAAUCCUGGGCCACGGAGCCUUCGGGAAGGUGGUGGAGGCCUCGGCCUUUGGCAUCAACAAGGGCAACAGCUGUGAGACGGUGGCGGUUAAAAUGCUGAAAGAGGGAGCUACCGCCAGCGAACACAAGGCGCUGAUGUCGGAGCUAAAGAUCCUCAUCCACAUUGGAAACCACCUGAAUGUCGUCAACCUGCUGGGUGCUUGCACUAAGCCCAACGGACCUCUCAUGGUCAUCGUGGAGUUCUGUAAAUACGGGAAUCUUUCCAACUACUUGCGGACCAAGCGCGAAGGAUUCAGCCCGUUCAGGGAGAAGCCCCCAAGGCUGAGGAGCCAAGUCCGCUCCAUGGUGGAAGCGGUGAAGGCCGACCGGAGGAGCCGAGCCGGGACCAGUGACAGUGCCAUCUUCGUCAGGCUGCUGAUGGGCAGGAGCCAGCCUGCCCGGGCCCAACCUGUCCAGGAAGUGGAUGAUCUGUGGCAAAGCCCACUGACCAUGGAAGACCUGAUCUGCUACAGCUUCCAGGUGGCCAGAGGGAUGGAGUUCCUGGCUUCCAGAAAGUGCAUCCACCGAGAUCUGGCGGCACGCAACAUCUUGCUGUCAGAGAACAAUGUGGUGAAAAUCUGUGACUUUGGGCUGGCCCGGGACAUCUACAAGGAUCCUGACUAUGUCAGGAAGGGCAGCGCCCGCCUCCCUUUGAAGUGGAUGGCUCCAGAAAGCAUCUUUGAUAAAGUCUACACCACCCAGAGUGAUGUAUGGUCCUUUGGAGUUCUGCUCUGGGAGAUCUUUUCUCUAGGUGCAUCGCCAUACCCUGGAGUGCAGAUAAAUGAGGAUUUCUGCCAGAGACUGAAGGAUGGCACCAGAAUGAGAGCUCCAGAAUAUGCCACAGCGGAAAUAUACCGCAUUAUGCUGAGCUGCUGGUAUGGAGAUCCCAAAGAGAGACCUACGUUCUCUGAUUUGGUGGAGAUCCUAGGAGAUCUAUUGCAGGAAAAUGUUCAGCAGGAGGGGAAGGACUACAUCCCCCUCAAUGACUCCCAGAGUUCCGAGGAUGACGGUUUUUCCCAGGUGCCCUCCUCUGCCCACCAGAACUCCGACGAAGAGGAAUUUGACAUGAGACUCCGCUGCCAUAGUCUAGCAGCAAGAUACUAUAACUGUGUGUCGUUUCCUGGUUGUUUGACCGGAGGGAAUCAGAUAAGGUGUCCAUCCAGAAUAAAAACCUUUGAGGAGUUUCCCAUGACACACACGAUGUAUAAGACACACCCGGACAACCAGACAGACAGUGGGAUGGUCCUGGCAUCUGAGGAAUUUGAGAGGAUAGAAAACAGACACAGAAAAGAAGGUGGAUUCAGCAGUAAAAAGCCCGGCAGAAACGUGGAUUCGAACAGGGAACGAUCAGACCUAAGAGGUAGAUGUCGGCCGUCAUACCAGUCCCAGCUGGGAGGUCAGACGUUUUAUAACAGCGAAUAUGGGGAGCUCUCGGAACACUCUGAGGAUGGCAGCUAUACCCCACCAGGAGAGCUGGCCAGUCCUCCCACCAUCCACGCUUCCUUCUUCUCAGAUCAGUAUUGAAAAGAUCACACCGCAGAGACACCGAGGUGGGAGAACAGCCCCUAACCCUUCGUGCCACACCAUGACUGCAAAACAGGAGCUUCCCCCAUGGCCAAAAGUACAGGAUUAUGGAGGGGAGAGAUACUUCCCUCUGCCCACCAAACAGCUGAAAGACGAAAUACUUAUCGGGAGAAGACCAGAAACACGACGAACCUGGAUUCACCUAUUUCAUCUCAUUAGAUUUCUUCCUCGUGAGCUAGUAGGAAUUUUUUCCCCUUACAUUAAUUUUUUUUUUUUGGCUCUCUUCAUGGCAUACUCAGCUGAGAAGAAUGAAAAACAAAUACUAAGUUUUUCACAAUUGCAACAAAAGCAAUGAGGUCUUGCUGUAAUAUGCACUCAGAUACCUGUGUCCCCUGGAUAACCCCUGGAUAUAUUUGUCUUGGACUCACAGUCUGAUUUUUGUAGGUAUCAAUCUUCAGGGAUCUAGACUGUGAGCCCACUGUUGGGUAGGGACCAUCUCUAUAUGUUGCCAACUUGUACUUC